AUGACGGGCCGGGAGGAGCCCGCCGAGGGCAGAGCCAAGGGGAAGGCGCUGGUGCCCAGCGCGGCCAGCGAGAAGGCGGCCCGGCUGGGCGCCCCGGCGCUGCGCUCCAAGGGCUUCGCCAUCACCGACCUGCUGGGGCUGGAGGCCGAGCUGCAGCCGCCGGCCGCCCCCGUGGCCGGCGCGGGAUGCGAGGGCGCCGGGGCCGGACUUGGGGGGGUGUCUCUGAGCGGUGGCUCCUUGCCCCUGGGCUUGGGCUUCCUCUGCGGCUUCGCGGCGCCGUCCCCGGCCGGAGCCCCCUGCCUGCUGCCGGCGCACGUCCCGUUCCUGCAGCCCCGGCCGGAGCUGCACCGGCCCCCCGGACCCUCCGCCGGCGGGCGCCAGGACAACGUCUCCGGUAAGGACGAGGACAGCCUGUCCGGGGACAGGGGCGAGCUGAAGACCUCGACUGCCCAGAUCAAGAGGAAGAAGCGCCGGCACAGGACGGUGUUUACUGCUCACCAGCUCGAGGAGUUAGAAAAGGCUUUCAAUGAAGCCCAUUACCCAGACGUGUAUGCCCGGGAAAUGCUAGCUAUGAAAACAGAGCUGCCCGAGGACAGGAUCCAGGUCUGGUUUCAGAACCGAAGAGCCAAGUGGAGGAAGCGGGAGAAGUGCUGGGGCAGGAGCAGUGUCAUGGCCGAGUACGGUCUCUAUGGGGCCAUGGUGAGGCACUCCAUCCCUCUACCUGAGUCAAUCAUCAACUCAGCCAAAAGUGGGCUGGUGGGCUCCUGUGCUCCUUGGCUGCUUGGGAUGCAUAAAAAAUCCAUGGAUGUUACAAGAAAGCCAGAGAGCGAGGAGAAGAUGACAGGCAGCUGGAGAUUGGAAGGUCCUGAGGAGGAAUUAAAAAUGAAGCCAUCAGAACACCAGAGAAGCUCUGGUGACAAACUCAGCUCUAUGGACAAUUCAGAAGAUACAGCGAUUGACCUCUCUAGCACAGCAAAGCAAGAGAACAGGAAUGCUUUGAGGCAAUGUCUCAAAGGAGACCUCCAGACAGAUGGGAAGGACAAUGGCCACUAA